CAACAGCACCGUUCUAUCCAGCACCGACAGCGUACACAGUCGACGUCGCAGAACUUGGACCAUACGCGACAUUUGGGGACGCAUCACGAGACGUAGCAGCCUUGGCGCGGGAAGCGGAAAGGGACAGGAACAGACUCAUCGACGAGGACUGAAUCAGAAUUGCCUGCUUGCAGCCGCAUUUUCCGUCGCCCUUCUCCGUUAUCGACAGCAUGCCUACCUCGACAACCCGCGCAGCCAUCUCAACCACAGCUCCGAACCACUCCAGGCUCCGCUCCCAGUCCGACCCCUUCUCAGACCCUGCCUACGCCGUCCCGCCCGCCCCGCCCCCCAAGUCAGGCUCCACGCCAACCAAGUCGACCCACCGCUCCCACCAGUCUCACAACACCCCCCAGCGCUCGAGAGCGAGGGAUCCAGUCAUGGAGGCAGUCAAGGACACCGUCGUAUACCGUUCAUCCAGCGAGCAACAGCGCUCUCGUCCUUCUACUGGCAGGAGCAACACGAAUGUAAACUACCCCACGACAGCCCCGGUCAGGCCCAUGGCCACCACCACCCGUCGCUCGCACUCCGAUGACUCCGUUCGCCAGGCAGCCGCCGUAGAGAAAGCAAAGGCCGCCGGUCGCAAACCAGCCAAGAAGGGCUCCACCCAUGCAGAUGUCAUUGAUAGGCUCGAUUUCACCGGUGUUGGUCCCAUGUUCCACCAUGAUGGUCCAUUCGAUGCUUGCGCCCCCUCUCGCAACCGCCAUCGCACGAAGGCGCCAAUGUAUUCUUGGACGGGCGUAAACCCUGAAGACGCCCAGGUGGCGGCAAAGUACCGCGAUGUUCAGCAAGGCGGGCUUGAUCACCCUGGCCUCGAAGGCCCUUACGCUGCGGCAUCUAAAGCUCCUGCCUCUCCGUACUAUCCAGAGCCGCCGAAGAAGCAGGUUGACGCCAUCGCCGAAGCUUGGGGUAUGCAUGAGCCGGAGCCUUACGAAGAGUUUUUCGCUGGUGGUGACGCUAGGACUCGUGAGGAAGAGAUGGCCGCGUAUGAGAGUAAGCACGCACACGGAAGAGAUCGUCGUCCCGAUCCCGCCGGUCGUCGUCCUACCAAGCGUGGCGCCAUUCCCCCUCCUCAACCCAUCUUCGUUGAGCCCGAGCUGCGAGGAAUCGAUGGCGAGGUGCCCCCUUCGCCUCCGUUGUCGGGCUCUCCCGGCGUCAGGCGCAACAAAUCUCUCAUGCACCGUAUCCGCAAGAUGCGUGACGCUCCCAACGUCCCCGUAGGAUAUGACGAGGGUGCAGCCAAUGGUGAGGCUUCACCAACCUCAUCUUCUGAGGGACAUGCUGUCCCCUCGUCUGGUCGUCCCACCCAUCGCACUCAAAAUUCUAUCCUAGGACGAUUCGGCCGCCCCGGCCGCGAAGAUAACCUAUCGCCAGCAUCUGACCGUAGCGAACCAUUCAUCUACGUCGAGGAUCCCAAGGACAAGGAGUUGCCUGCCACGCCCUAUGGGCACGCCCAGGCCCAGCACCCAGGAUAUUUUGACGAUUACCCCGUCAGUGGACCAGCGGUUUCUCCGGGCGGUGCGAAUGGUGGGCUUGGGAGGAAGACGAGCUUGAUGAACAGGGUGAAGGGCGUUGUGCGGGGAGGUGCAAAGUAGGUGGGGCCGAUGAAUGGCCGAUGAUGACGAUUGUCGAUGGAUGCCGAUGAUACGGGUCGUUCCCAAUGAUGAUGCCCGUUGGACUUUUCGUGCAUUGCACGGUGCGAUUCGGCACAAUAUGAUAAUUCCCUUGUUCCGUUUGCCUAGUGUUUCUCCCUUUCCUUCUACUCGAUUUGUUUGAUGAAUUCAUGUUUUAACUUUCUUUUCGGCUCCAUCCUCCAUGAAUUCUUCGUUUAUUGGUGACUCUACGGUCCCUUAUGAUGGCCUUUUGGUCUUUUUUCCCUAUCUUGUCUUUGCUUUCUCCCAGCGACUUCAAUAGAUGUGGACGGAUCUUCAUGGCGCGUCGAUCUUUGGCCUUGUCUCUGUACAUAAAUCGCGUUGGCGUCCUCGUCUACCCUUUUCGUUGCGCGCCAGCGUUUAUACACCCUUAGUACUUUGGAGCGUUGUUGAGCCUCUUCAUUCUCUUUAUUUGCCUCCUGCCGACUUUCGUAUCUGUAUCCCAAAUUUCUUUCUCCCUCGCGAAGCCUGUGUUUCAGUUGUCGACUACUUAGCUUCGCCCAUCCAUAGCUUCGAAUUCUUCCCGUAUUUGACACCCUCUUUCAGUAUAUUCCAAUAUUCCAAUGACAACCCCGCAACUCUUACUCCCAGCUCUUAGCUAUGAAAUACCUAUUUUUUUUCUUCCAGUGUGUCCACCUUCGUAUUUCGUGUCCGUACGUCCGUCCUUCGUCUGCAUUUGCGCCUGUCUACCCUGUGUCUGUUCUGUAUAUCUUCCAUCCACCCCGUUCAGAAAUGUACCCGUACGUCUAUUAUCUGUGUCUGUCCGUCUGUCCUCGAAGUCGUUUUCACAAUUUGAGUCUGAUCUCUCGUGUAGGUUCCGAUAAUAUGAAUCGAUAUAGUAGCCUG